GAUCCUCGGAACUCGGGCGCCACGCCUCCAUCCGGGCUUCUUCCCUUUAAGGGAAGUAAGUCCGGCUGGCGGGCGCGGCCUGGGCGGGGCGUGCGGCGUGUCCCUCCGCGGGCGUGUCCCUCUGCGGGCGCGGCCCGAGACGCGGCGAGGCGGGAGUCGGCUCCGGACGGCCAGUGGGACAGCCCAGAGAAGAGGACCCUGAGGUGCUGGCAUCCAGUUCCAAGCAGCUGUUGGAAGUCAACUAAGAGGACCUGAGAGGAGACCUCUGGGGACCUGCAGCACAGGCCACCAUCGCACCACACUCUCUGCUUCCAGUUUUGAGAAUCAGGUGCCACUAAGAAGAUGUCAAACCCAUUCUUGAAACAAGUGUUCAACAAGGACAAGACAUUCAGGCCAAAACGCAAGUUCGAGCCUGGCACGCAGCGCUUUGAACUACACAAGCGUGCGCAGGCAUCUCUGAAUGCGGGCCUGGACCUGCGGCUGGCUGUGCAGCUGCCACCGGGUGAGGAUCUCAAUGACUGGGUGGCCGUGCAUGUAGUGGACUUCUUCAACCGCGUCAACCUCAUCUACGGCACCAUCAGCGAUGGCUGCACCGAGCAGUCAUGCCCAGUCAUGUCUGGGGGCCCCAAGUACGAGUAUCGCUGGCAGGACGAGCAGCGCUUCCGGAAGCCCACAGCGCUGUCCGCACCCCGAUACAUGGACCUGCUUAUGGACUGGAUCGAGGUGCAGAUCAACAAUGAGGACAUCUUCCCCACUAAUGUUGGCACACCAUUUCCCAAGACCUUCCUGCAGGCAGUGCGCAAGAUCCUGUCACGGCUGUUCCGAGUGUUCGUGCAUGUGUACAUCCACCAUUUUGACCGCAUCGCCCAGAUGGGCUCCGAGGCACACGUGAACACCUGCUACAAGCACUUCUACUACUUUGUCACCGAGUUCAGCCUCAUCGACCCCAAAGAGCUGGAGCCCCUGAAGGAGAUGACAUCACGGAUGUGUCACUGAGGGCCCCCGGCCGCAGAGACUUGAGGAGACAGCUAUGUGCAGCCUGUGUCUCAGGAACAUUACACCCUCAUGCCACUGACGGGUAGCAAGACCACAGCUUCUGCCCCAUCUCCUGAUGACUGUGAGCCCUCUGACUCUACCCGUCCCCUUGCCAGCAUCCCGGGGGCUGAACUUGAAUUCUGGACACUGUGCUUUCAGCCACUGGGUUUACACUGUGUUUGUACCAUGGCCUCUGAUAGGAGGCAGGAUCUGGAGCCAUUGUUAACCACCCUGUUCCUUCUCCAUGGCUCUUUACCCUGACAGCUUUGUCCCUCACUUGCCUACCUGAAAGGGGAGGUGCCACCAGAUAUCUUCUGUUUACAGCCACAUUGUGUGUGGGUGACCACAUAGACAGCCAGCAUACCUCCAAGGAUGUACUAAUGUGCCAUGCCUCCUCUCUCCAGCACCCCCAGGCCAGGACUCCAGUAUUGGGUGUUCUGAGGGGCCUUUGUAGGUCAGGAAAGGUACACACUGCAUGCCUGUGAUCCCAGAACUCUGCAGGCAGCAACAAGGAGGAUUACUACAAACUUGAGGCCACCCUGACCUCCACAAGGAAGGUCAGGCCAGCCAGGGUCCCAUAACUGUCUUUAUAAAAUGUAAAGGAGCCAGGCAGGGUGGCACACACCUUUAAUCUUAGUGCUCAGGAGACAGACAGCUAGCUGGAUCUCUGGGUCUGAGGCUAGCCCAGAACAACCAAGGCUACACAAAGAGAUCCUG